GGGCACACACUGGUGGGGGCAGAGUGGGCUAGGCCCCAGGGUGGGGGGGCUCAGGCAGCCCUUCCCCCCGCUCCCCGGCCCGGCCACAGCGCAGCUUCCGGCUGGGAUGGCCCCCCCGGUCCCGUGGAGCCUACCCAGGGAAGGCGACGGCAUGAGGGGGAGAUGUCUCUGCCCCUGUGUCCCCUCCUCUCGGCCUUCCUCAGACCUGCCCUCUUUGGAGGUCGCCUCCUGCAUCCCCCAGGAAUGGGUGGGGAGAGAGAAUCACAGUCCUGGAUUGGGGGGCGAGGACCCCAGGGUCCCAGGUGGGGGGCUGUCGCCACGCUGGGGGUUAGCUUUGGGAACUCGGGUCCAGGUGUCGUGGGAAUGACAGGUGGUCUGAUUAGGGGGCAGGGCGCCCCCAUGGGGAGGGAGGCCAGUCUUGUGGAGAGCAUAGUGCCAGCAGGAGGGCCUGUUAAGCUAGACUCUGGGCUUGUUCCUGACAAGAGCCACAGAAGGCAUCGUAGCCCAGGCGGGACCCUGCACCUGCACCCCUUGGAGCCUGGUACUGGUGGGCGGGGCUGCAGGCAGGGAGGGAGGAGCUCACCCGCUUGCCAGCUGGCUGGAAGCAGGGCCCAGAGGCCCAGACUCAGAGGCUAAGGACUUAGCCGGGAUUGGCUGAUACUCCCACUGGCCCAGCCCGGUCCGCCCGGUCUCCAGGCCCCGACUCCAGGACCUGUUCAGCUUCUCGGCAGCUGACCAUUCUCUCACCCAAGCCCCCACCUCCUCAUUUUCCAUCACAAGAUCUAUAGCUGCCCCCCUGCCCCCUCCCCCCAGCACAUCCUCUCCUGCACCGGCUGGCUCCCUGGGUGGCCCUGAGCCUGCAGGCUCCACCCAUGCCACCUCGCGCCAGCCCCACCACCUGCAGUUGGGCCACACCUCCCCCAGCUGCCCCUCCUCUCUGGGCCUCCACCUUCCCAUGGGGGCAGGGAGGCUCCUCUGCUCCCCACCGCUCCAGCUUAGCCCUCAGCCACCCUUGCCCCUCACCCUCUCUGCCUCCGCUUCUCCUCUCCCCUCAUUUCUCAGUUCUGCUCAGGCCCUGACUUCUCCUUGGCUUCACAGCGCCCAAGGCUGAGACUCCCGCCAUGGCCAGCCCCGGGAAGCCUGGGGCUGGGGAGGCCCAGGAGGAGGAGGGGUGGGAUGAGGGGCGCGGCCCAGGGCCACUGGCAGCGACACUGGAGCAGGCCGAGGAGCUGUUUCUGCUGUGCGACAAGGAGGCCAAGGGCUUCAUCACCCGGCACGACCUGCAGGUGAGCCCCCAGCCCCAAGAGGCCUUCCACCCCAGGGCUGACCUUGGCUACUCAGCCUUGCCAUCCUUGCCCGGCCAGGGCCUGCAGAGCGACCUGCCCCUCACGCCCGAACAGCUGGAGGCUGUGUUCGAAAGUCUGGACCAGGCACACACCGGCUUCCUCACCGCUCGGGAGUUCUGCCUUGGCCUGGGGAAGUUGGUGGGGGUGGAGCCUGCCCCGGGUGCUCUGCCCUCCCAGGCUCCAGAGGAAACCUUCGAGGCGGGCUGGUCGGAUGUGCAAGGCACCGGGGGCUCCCUGGAGGAGGAGGACGAGGAGGAGGAGGAGGAGGAGGAGAGAUUCUGCUCUGCACUGGUGCAGCUGGGGGUGGCCCAGGUCCUGAGCGAGCAGCGGGCAAUUCGGACGCUCUGGACCCAGCUGCAGCGUGAGCGACCCGAACUGCUGGGCUCCUUCGAAGACGUUCUGAUGCGGGCGUCGGCCUGCCUGGAGGAAGCGGCCCGAGAGCGGGAGGGCCUGGAGCAGGCGCUGCGGCGGCGGGAGAGCGAGCACGAGAGGGAGGUGCGAUGUCUGUACGAAGAUAUGGAGCAGCAACUUCGCGAGCAGCGCCAGCGCCUGCGGAGUCAGGACGUCCCCCGGGAGGAGAGGAGAGGCCGCCUAGAGCUGGAGCUGCAGAGUCGCGAGCAGGAGCUGGAACGCGCGGGGCUGCGGCAGCGGGAGUUGGAACAGCAGCUGCAGGCCCGGACCACUGAGCAGCUGGAGGCGCAGGCGCAGAACGCCCAGCUGUGGCUGGCCAACGAGGCGCUGCGGGCGCAACUGGAAGUGGCGCAAGAGCAGCUCCGCAGACUGGAGAGCGACUUGCUGGGCCGUCGGGAGCAAACCCAACGAGACGUGGUCGCGGUCUCGAGGAACAUGCAGAAAGAGAAGCUCAGCCUCCUGCGGCAACUGGAACUGCUCAGGGAGCUGAACACGAGGCUACGAGACGAGAAGGACGUCUGUGAGGCCAAGCGGCUGGGCAGUGGCCGCAGGAAGGCUCUGACCACGGCCCCGCUGCUGGGGCCCGCCUGCUGCUGCUGCUGUUGUAGUAGCUGGGCUCGCCCCCCCAGACGCGGCUCUGGCCACCUUCCCAGUGCCCGCUGACCAGCCCGAGUGACUCACUGGGCGUUACUUGGUUACUCGGAGAAGCUGCCCCUUGAAGGCGACUCCUCGUGGCUGGGGGCUGCCCAUCCAGGACGUGGGCUCUACCCAGUAGGCUGCCUGGCCUGCCUGACUUGCAGACGUGAAGGAACUAAUCCUGGGUGGUCAGGGUCUCACCGUGCCUCCCUGCCAGUCCUCACCCUACCCCCAUCCCAUCAAAACCAGCAGAAAACCCCCUCUUCCAAAUAAAGUCCACUGACUUCGA